AGCUCUUCGCCAGUUCCUUGAAUUCCUUCUUUUUAUCAUUAUUCGAGAGAGAGAGAGAGAGAGAAAAAAGAAAAGAAAAGAGUCAACGUUCAACGGGCACCCUAAUAUUAAUUCGUCAACUUGUCGAAAUCGCGCAUCUACGAAUCGGCCAUAUCCACGAAAAUCACCUUCCUUUGGAAUCCCAUCGACCACAUUCACUAAAACUACGCUCUUUCACCUACUCGGGAUAAUAACUGUCACGUUUACCCGCCCUAUAGCACAACUUCACGACGCGCCUCACUAUUAUUUAUAUAUACGCCUUUAGUAAAGUCAACACUCGUAGUUUUAAAGCCAUACUUAAUCGAUUAGUUCUCAUUGCAACUAUAGCAACCUAAUAAUUACUACUACUCCUACUACUACUACUACCACACAGCAUAACGGCAGCAGCAACCACAACAACAAUAGCAAUGGAAUCCUCAUCCUUCUUCUACUACACUCCGGAUACCACUUCCCAGACAAAGCAGCACGGUCAUUUCCUGCCCCAUCCCAAUGGCCACUCUCAGCAACAACAGCAGUCAGCUUCUCAAUGCGACCAAAGCUUGACGAAUUCGAACGUGCCAUACCCGUCCUCCUUGGUGUACUCCAGGCCCACGUCAUCCCAUUUGAAGCCACCCACGUUACAGGCAUCGCCGACACCUCUUCUGGCCACGGGCACCUUAUCAUCGGAAAGCCUUCAGAAACAGACCGGCCUUCUCACACCUUCAUCUCCCAACCUUCUCGGGAUGGACGGACACAACGGCGGUGAUAUGUACUUUUUCCCUUCCACUCCAACACUUUCAUGCAACUCGGUCAACACGCCGCCAAUGAGCACUGUCACCACUACACCUUUAAUCACAUCGUGGUCCUUGGAUGAUGGCUGCAAUAGCACCAUUACUCCCUCAGACAUUCAGCUUCCCGGCACUCCCGACAUGUGGAAAGAGAGCCCUCCCAUGACUCCAGGUAAUGCUCGGUCACUGAAUUCAUCCAAUUCUGGACCAAUUGACUAAGAUUGUUUGAUAGCAUAUAUUUAUCCUCCCAGCCUACUACCCACCCGCUCGAGCCCUUCGGUCCUUUUGCCGGCUUGUCCCUCGUUGUCACCGGCCUCGGAUCACUCGUCUCCAGAGGUCGAUUUCUGCGACCCACGAAAGCUUACCUAUCCGUCACCCAAUCCCUCCGCUCCCGACAAGGACUUGGAGUUUGCUACUCUUCCUUCCAUCUGUGAUGAUGACGAUGAAAACAACUUCAUGCUCCGGGUCGGAAAGGAGGCUAUCAAGACCGAGGAAAAGGAUUUUCCCCAUAGCUACUUUGGUCUCGAGGAGCAGCUCUCUGAUUUCGAGACUGAUAACGAGCUUGUUUCCGGAAUGAUGGAUAUGCCACAGAACACCAUCAACCCCGCUGAUCUUCUCGGGGACAAACGUCAACAUGAUUGCUUCGAUGAGGAGGAGGGCUGGGAGGGGAUUGGUGAUAUGAGUGAUGAUGAGAGCGUGUCUGGUGAUGCGAAUAAUCUGGAAUCCCAAGUACCGUUGUCCCCUCCAGCAUCUGAUUCAUCCCGAGGGAGCUCCGUGAUCCCCCCCACCAAGCAACGCAAGGUUCAAAGGAAGGUUAAGGUUGAGACAUACGAGGACUCGGAAGCAGAGCUCGACGAUAUAAUUGCCAACGCUCGAGCAAACGGCUACCCCGAGAAUGCUUGUGAUGGUGACUUCUUUUCGCACUCUGGCUGCCACGAAUCGUCAAUCACGCCAGACCCAACCGAGGCCUCAUUCUACGAGUCUUCGGAUUCGCAGGAGAUUUCCCCAGCACCCGUCGUCCGCCGUGGACGUAAGCAGUCUUUGACUGAGGACCCCUCAAAGACUUUUGUGUGCCACUUGUGCUCCCGUCGCUUCCGCCGACAGGAACAUCUCAAGAGGCACUUUCGCUCUCUCCACACCAAGGAUAAGCCCUUCUCUUGCGGCGAAUGCGGCAAGAAAUUCUCACGCUCCGAUAACCUGAGCCAGCAUGCACGGACUCACGGAAGUACUACCAUCCACAUGACCCUCAUCGAUGGUGACAUGAUGGGUGAGGAUGAUUCGGACAUGCUUUCAGAGCAUAGCGAAUCGUUAGGUAUUGUGCUUGUCAACGCAGGUCAGGCCUCGUCCGGAAUCAAGGAUAAGGUUUCUUCAUCGUCAGAGUCCAAGAAGAACCGACGUAAGAGAAAGAGAGACGAGUAAUGGUAACACGACAGGUGCCUAGGCGUGUGGUUAGCAUAGCGAAAACAUUGAUUUUCGGGCGCUAUUAUUCUUAUUGUUUUAUUGUUUACUUUUAUCAAUUCUUUUCUUCAACAUUGAAUUAUUAUUCAAUUCCUUAUCACGUGUUGAUUGAGGGUUUUAGAUACCAGGGGAAUGGCGGUGGGUUGGGGCAGGCACAAAAGAAUUAAUGCGGCGCUUAUAUUUGGGGAUUGUGAUUUGUUUCUUUUUUCUUCUUACUUUUUCUUUAUUCCUAUUGCUUUCAAUUCUCAGUAAGAGGAGGGUCUCCGAUUGAAAACAGAAGCUCACGAAAGUUGGACGCCGCGACACGAGCAGAUACGAAAAAAACCAUUCAUCAACGUUACUAUUAAUCAUUUCCGGGGCAAUUAUUUCCUUUCGAUUCGGAGCAACAAAAAUAAUUCAUAGGUGGGCGAGAUAUGGGGUUUUAGGGGUUUCAUUUGGUCGGUAAAAAGAGCAGAAAAAAGGCGGGGGGAGCCAAAUGGGUUUUUCGAAGAGCAAAUUUCCAAAUUUCCAGCAAAUCGGCAUUUUUAUACCCCUUUGAGAACUAAGAUGAGAAGGCCGUCAUCCUAUUAACAAGCGCUCGUUACGUGAACAUGGUUUUGCUCGAUUGGGAACAAAAUGGGCGUUUGGCGACAAUGGCGGCAUUUAUAGGCUGAUCGUUUCUUCAUCAUUGGUUCUUGGACGGAUUUGUUUGGGGCUUGGUCAUUGCACUCUUCAGCUGCUUCUUUUUUUUUUUUUUUUUUU